AUGGGCCGACUCCAGAGCACGUUAGGCCUCAGCGCGGCACAAGCGAGAGGAGCCACGGACCUGCUCCGUUGGCGCCUUGCGGCGCACACACAAGAACCUUGGAUAGUCCAAGGACAAGUAGGUGGGCUAGAUCGGAAACAAGGCUCCAUCUUCCAUGGGGACUUGGAAAACGGACCCAGGGCAUGCGUUUUCGUAAGAAGAGGGCUCGGCGCAACGAAACUGACAAAGUUGUGCACAAGAGACCAAGCAGCAGUCCUACUGCCAGCCGGGGCGGGAGGUAGCGAGGCGAAUCUAGUGGUUUGCUCAACUUACCUGCCCUUUGACUCUGCGGGACCCCCACCUACGAGAGAACUCAGAGAGCUGGUAGACUACUGCAAGGUCAACGGGCUGCAGCUAUUGAUUGGAUGCCACGCGAACGCGCACCAUAUCGUCUGGGGCAGCAGUAACAUUAAUAGGAGAGGCGAGGCGUUACUAGAAUUCCUCUCAACCACGGACCUGGAGAUUCUAAAUAGAGGCUCCAGCCCAACUUUUGUUACCUCCAGGCGACAGGAGGUACUUGAUAUUACGCUGGGCUCCAAGAAGGUGGUCCAAGCUAUACAAGAUUGGCGUAUGGAUGAUGAGGCUACGCUCUCUGACCACAGGCUAAUUACGUUCAAGUUAACGACAGAGUCAGACCUAAGGGCCUCGGGAACAUACAGGAACCCCAGGGUCACCUGUUGGCCUCAAUAUCCUGAGAGCCUAAAGGAAGAGCUCAGGGAGCACCGUGUGUAA